AUGGCCUCACAUUUGAUGAAGAAUUUCAAACUGAAUCAGUUUGCCAAGAUGUGCCGACAAGGCUAUGUGAGCCAGAUGGGCAGCAGAUGCAUGUCUUCUAGUGGUCAUCUUCCUGUUACCAAGUUAAGUGAAGAAGAACAGGCCAUUCGUGAUUUGGCCGCAAAGGUAUCACGAGAAAAAAUUGCUCCUCUGGUUCGGAAGAUGGAUCAAGAGUCCAAGAUGGAUCCUUCAAUCAUCAAGGCUCUUUUUGAAAAUGGGUUUAUGGGCAUUGAAAUCGACCCAAAGUACGGUGGUACUGGAGCAUCUUUCUUCUCUUCAAUUCUUGUUAUUGAAGAACUGGCUAAAGUAGAUCCUUCUGUCAGUGUUUUUUGCGACGUUCAAAAUACUCUCGUCUCCUUGAACUUCAAAUACUAUGCAUCUGAAGAGCUUAAGGAAAAAUAUUUUCCUCGAAUCGCUCAAGAUACGGUGGGUUCUUUUUGUCUCUCCGAACCAAGCUCAGGCUCGGAUGCAUUUGCCUUGAAAACUCGUGCUGACAAGAAGGGUGAUUAUUAUGUGAUCAAUGGCGCCAAAUCGUGGAUCACCAAUGCCGAACACGCUGGUUUGUUUGUUGUUUUUGCCAACAUUGAUCUUAGCUCUGGCUACAAGGGUAUCACUGCCUUUGUCGUUGAUCGAGACACACCUGGCGUUAUCGUGGCUAAAAACGAAGACAAAUUAGGCAUUCGAGCUUCCAGUACUUGCCCAAUCACAUUCGAAGAUGUGAAAAUACCAGCAUCAAAUGUGAUUGGAAAAGUUGGCCAUGGAUACAAAUACGCCAUUCAAACGUUGAAUGAAGGUCGAAUUGGAAUUGGCGCCCAAAUGUUGGGAUUAGCUGAGGGGGCUUUUGAGUACGCUGUCAAGUACACUUUGGAACGAAAACAGUUUGGCCAGCCCAUUUUUGAAUUUCAGGGAAUGCAACAUCAAAUCUCAAAGAUUGCGACAGAAAUUGAGGCAGCUAAAUUGCUUGUUUACAACGCUGCUCGUCUUUCCGAGGCUGGUCUGCCGUACAUUAAAGAGGCUGCCAUGGCCAAAUAUUACGCUUCAGAAGCAGCUGCUAAUGCCAGCUCCAAAGCUGUUGAGUGGCUGGCUGGAGUUGGCUUUACUAAAGAUUAUCCCGUGGAAAAGUUUUACCGCGACGCAAAGAUUGGAGCUAUUUAUGAAGGAACCACAAACAUUCAGCUCAACACUAUUGCUAAACUGGUUGCUAACGAACUGAAAUAA